UCCGCCCGCCGGAGGCUGCCGCUGGCGGACCGCUACGCCCUGCUGCACUGGCACAAUCAGGUGUACCCCAGGGAGGUCCUAGGGCUGGUGGACAUGGUCGCCCUGGAGAAUGGGGAGCUGGGCCCCCUUCUCUCCCCUGGGACUCUUCGUGGUUUGGAGGAUGAAUGUGUCACAGAUGUCAAGGCUCAGACGCGGGCAGCCCUUCUUCGGGUGCUGCAGGAAGAUGAGGAGCACUGGACAGACGCGGCGGACUGGUCCAGCAGCCUGGCCCAGGACGUGUGCGAGCUCCUGGAAGAGCACACAGAGCGAGCGCCCCGCAUCAGCCAGGAAUUUGGGGAGCGGAUGGCACACUGCUGCCUGGGGGGGCUGGCAGAGUUCCUGCAGAGCUUCCAACAGCGCGUGGAGAGAUUCCAUGAGCACCCAGGAAUCCGGGAGCUGCCCUCUGACACCUACAUCAGCAGGACCAUCUCCCUGGUCAACUGUGGGCCCCCACUGAGGGCUCUGGCCGAGCGCCUGGCCAGGGUGGGCCCCCCUGAAAGCGAGCCUGCCCGGGAGGCCUCCGCCAGCUCCCUGGAGCGCGUGACCAGGCUGUGCCACCGCGUUCUGGCUGACAUGCUGUUCCAGGAGCUGCAGCCAUACUUCAACAAGCUGAUGCGCCGGAAGUGGCUGAGCAGCCCGGAGGCCCUGGAUGGCAUCGUGGGCACGCUGGGCGCUCAGGCCCUGGCACUGCGCAGGAUGCAGGAUGAGCCCUACCAGGCGCUGGUGGCGGAGCUGCACCGGCGGGCCCUGGUCGAGUACGUGCGGCCGCUGCUCCGCGGGCGCCUGCACUGUCGCUCCGCGCGGACCCGCAGCCGCAUGGCCGGGAGGCUCCGGGAGGACGCGGCGCAGCUGCAGAGGCUGUUCAGGCGGUUGGAGUCCCAGGCCUCGUGGCUGGACGCCGUGGUGCCGCACCUGGCUGAAGUCCUGCAGCUGGAAGACACGCCCAGCAUCCAGGUGGAGGUGGGGGUGCUGGUGCGCGACUACCCAGACAUCAGGCGGAAGCACGUGGCGGCCCUCCUCGACGUGCGCGGACUGCACAACACUGCGACGCGCCAGGAGAUCCUGGCCGUGGCCCGGGACCUGGAACUCUGUGAGGGGGGAGCCCUGUCGCCCCCUCGGGAUCGGGCCUUCUUCUCGGACAUCCCCGUGCCCCGCCCUUCUUUCUGCCUCAGCCUCCCCCUCUCCGUGGGCCGCCUCCCCCUGUCCCGGUUGGCCAGGCCCAGCCUGGCCUGUCUGCCCCUGCGGCCUCGGCCUCUGUCCCUGUCCAGGCCCCGGGCCCAGCGCUGAGGCUCUCCCAGCCCUCGGCCUUAGUGCCCCCCACUUUGCUGCUGAGACGCCAUGCCCCUGUGCCACUGCCCGAGACUCGCUGCCCGGCCCACAGAGCCCUGGGGUGGGAAGAGCCUGUGAGGUCCUCUCCGCCAGCCCCAAACUCUCCCACCGACGGGAAGCAGAGGCCAGAGGGAGCAAAGGCCCUCCCAAGGCCAAGGAGCGCGUUGCCAGGGCUCCCUUCCCCCACAGCCCUGUGUAAGGGUGGUGUUCUGGAAGGUUCUACAAAAAUAUCCCAGCCCCCCCUUCCCCUCACCUCAA